CAGACUCACUCCAGAUCUCUUCCAAUCUGGUACUGCAAGAACAUCAACAGAGCUGAAGCAGAACAUUUGCUUAGACAAGAGGGGAAGGACGGAGGGUUUGUGGUCAGGAGCUCCAGUCAGCCCAGCAGCUACACCGUCUCCGUUUACACACACAGUUCAGGUAAAGGGGAGGUGAGGCACUACCAGAUCAAGCAGACAGACACGGCUCAGUUCUUCUUGGCAGAGAAUCACGUGUUCGGCUCUAUUCCUGAACUUAUCAACUACCACAGACACAACGCAGCAGGGCUGGUUUCCAGACUGCGAUAUCCCAUCGGCCCCAUGGGCACAUGUCUGCCGGCCACAGCGGGAUUCAGCUCAGAUAAAUGGGAGAUCAACCCAUCGGAGCUGACCUUCAUGAAGGAGCUGGGAAGUGGUCAGUUUGGAGUGGUGCGGCUGGGAAAAUGGAGAGCGCAGCAUAAAGUGGCCAUUAAAACCAUCAAUGAAGGAGCCAUGAGUGAUGAUGAUUUCAUAGAGGAAGCCAAGAUCAUGACGCGUCUCUGUCACCCGAAGCUGGUCCAGCUGUACGGAGUGUGUGUCACGCAGCGUCCCAUCUGCAUCGUGACGGAGUUCAUGGAGAACGGCUGCUUGCUGCACUUCUUGCGGCAGCACAGCAGAACUCUGGGCCGCGUCCAGCUGCUCUUCAUGUGUCAGGACGUCUGCGAGGGCAUGGAGUACCUGGAGCAGAGCAGCUUCAUCCACAGAGACCUGGCUGCGCGGAACUGCCUGGUGAACGAGAGGAACGCGGUGAAGGUGUGCGACUUUGGCAUGACCAGGUACGUUCUGGACAAUCAGUACACCAGCUCCAUGGGCUCCAGGUUCCCCGUCAAAUGGUCUCCACCUGAAGUUCUUCACUUCAACAAGUUCAGCAACAAGUCAGACGUCUGGUCAUUUGGCGUGCUGAUGUGGGAGGUUUUCUCGGAGGGAAAGACACCGUUUGAGAACUGCUCCAAUCUGGAGGUGGUGGAGAAGGUGACGCAGGGCGGCCGUCUCUACAGGCCACACCGGGCAUCUGCGCACAUCUACAACAUCAUGUACCGCUGCUGGCAUGAGAGACCUCACGGACGACCGCCUUUUUCUGAGCUACUGCAGAACAUCAGACAGAUCACUGAAGAGGAGACAGACACAUGAACACACACACACACACACGAGCUCAGAGAACGGGAGGACUGUUGAGGAUGUCUGUUGAUCUUCAGCAUGAGUUGAUGUGUGUGUGUGUUUGAUGAACUGACAUCUUACAGUCAUAAGUGAGAUGUUUUAUAUAUGUACACUGUAAACAUGCAACUUCAUGUCAGUCUGUAAGCACCUGAGGACAUGAAUAAAGAUGCUCACCAUGGGAGGCGCUGUCAC